AUGACACCUCGUAAUGUGAAUCUUCACCCGGAGAACUAUCUCCCGGACUCUCUUUAUUCAACGACGUUCGACGUUGUCGUGAUUGGCAGUGGUCCCGUGGGUCGGCAAGUCGCGAGCAAAGCGCAGAACGCUAGACUCGCCACUGUCAUUGUUGAAGAUGAACUCCGGGGGGUGAUUGUCCUUAUUGGGCAUGCAUUGUUGCGUCCUGGAGAAGCCCUCGCUGCUGCUCGACAAGUUGGAGGAGCCCGGCGAUUGAUUGCUAGCGAUCGACUGGUGGAUGUUCAAGGCGUCUUCGAAGGAAGAGACAAAAUUACGCAUCGCCGGAAUGACGAAGCUAUUCUCAACAUGUCGUUAGCGCAGAAAUGUACGGUUGUUCGAGGCAGAGGAUCGCUUAUAAGCGAGAAGAGGGCACUGGUGAAGAAUGCAAAUGGGCAAGAAAAGACAUUGUCAGCUCAGCAUGCCGUUGUGAUCGCGACAGGCUCGGAGCUCAUCCAGAUACGAGCCUGA